AUGGAAACGCCGGAGCAUAAUCCGGGUUGUCCAGGUGAGGCUGAAAGAAUAAGGUCUGUAGGAAGCAGUAUCUCAAUAGUCAAUGUACCAUUCUUUACCAAACCUAUAUCAAGGAUCGUCGAGGCCGGUUUAUCCGUUUCCCGAUCAUUUGGGGACUUGGCCGCCAGACAGUAUGGCGUAACUGCCAUACCAGAUCUAAUCCAAAUUGAAAUCCAACCGCAGCAGCCUGCUUCGGGCAAUACAGGCAAUAGAUACCCAAUUUUGUUGGUCCUGGCCAGUGAUGGACUCUGGGACACUGCCACAUACUUGGAUUUACUGGAGCACAUACACAAUACCCCGCAGUCCCAACAGAAACUGUUGGCCAAAACCAGAAAAUUAGCCGAGAUUGCAUGGCGGAGAAGAAUUGCUGCGGAAGGUAGAGCUGAUGACACAACCAUCAUUGCGGCACUACUACGAUAA